UAUAGAUUUUUGAGGAACAAUUAGGAAAGAUUUUAUUUUGAUUUUUUUCGCCCAGUCAACAAUAACAGUACUAUACUACAAGAUUUUGUUGCCUACAGUGCAGGAGGUAGAAAAUUGGGUGGCGUUGUAAUGUCAGAAACUGGGCAAAAAGGUAAAUAAAAAAAAUGGAUCAGCAAUUUUGUCUGCGCUGGAACAACCACCCUACAAAUUUAACAGACGUUCUAAGUAGUCUUUUAAGAAGAGAAGCGUUGUGUGAUGUUACUUUAGCCUGUGACGGAGAAACCUUCAAAGCCCAUCAAACGAUACUGUCUGCGUGUAGUCCAUACUUCGAAACAAUUUUUAUACAAAAUGCUCAUCCUCAUCCUAUAGUUUUUCUCAAAGAUGUCAAUUACAACGAAAUGAAAGCAUUGUUAGACUUUAUGUAUAAAGGGGAAGUUAAUGUUUCUCAAAACCUUCUGCCUAUGUUCCUAAAAACAGCUGAGGCCCUUCAAAUACGUGGUCUCACAGAUAGCAAUUCUUUAAGUAAAAACGAUGAAUUGUCGGAAGUGCCAAGAAGAGAUAGAGAAAGAUUAAUGGAAAGGGACAGUCCGCCGAGUGAAAAAAGAAAACGGAAAUCGUCUUCGAACUGUGAUAUGACAUCUAACUCAAACCCUGAAAGAUAUAAUGACUCUCAGGCAUCUCAAAGGUCAAACACAAGUGUACCAAAGUUAAAUCCCAUAUCGCCGGUCGAUAGGGAUAGUGUAGGCCCGGAGGAUAUGCGCGUAUCCUCACCGAUAAUAAAGCAGGAACCCCAGCACGAUUCGAGUCCCCUCGUUGAUUCUUUUCACUCAAUGUCGGAAGCAUUGCAGACUACCAACUCGUGGGGGAGGGAUCCCGACCUUGAAACUCUACCGCCACCUCUGUUGCCUUUAUCUGCGAUACCGCAACACUCCACGUUACGUCAGUACUUAGACGCCCCGCUUGUGAGCCAAAAGUCGUCGAACGAACACGAUUUCCCCUUCCACGCCACCAUCGGUAAUAUAUCGAUAAGACCAUUGGACAGUCCCCUGCAUCAAGAACAAAAGGACGUGCAUCUAUCGCAGUACCGUCCCCUCCGUUCGGAGUAUACCUACAGCAACUCUCACGGACACAUAAAUUUGUCGACGAUGCCUUCUCUGUAUCCGAGAACGCCCCUACCCGUACCGCCGGAACUGAACAAACCCGCCGCCACAUCACACGAAUGCUCUGUGAUUCAGAAAAGUAGCCCGAAGACCACAGGGGUCAAACCUAACGUCGGUAGGAAGGGCAGCCGUUUUAGGACGUCUUGGCUGGAAUCCUACAUCUGGCUUCAGUACGACGAGGCACAGAACAUCAUGUUUUGCAAAUAUUGCAGGAAGUGGAGCAGCGACAUGCCUGAUAUCCGCACCUCCUUCGCGGAAGGUAGUACUAACUUCAGAUUAGAAAUCGUCAACCACCAUGACAAGUGCAAGGCGCACAGGCUGUGCGUCGCCAGGGAAUUCCACGGUGGAAGUGUAAGUGUUCACCAAGAUGAGACCAAGCUGUUGGGUCAGCAUCAGCUACCAGAACUACCGGAUAACGAAACACCACCUAUACCUCCUCCUGAAAUAACAGAUACUAUAGAUGCUAAAUGGCGGGAACAGAUAGCGAUCGGCCAACCAUACCAUCCACCAGAACAAAUGAAAAUCCUGUCAUCCAUGGAUACUCGAUCCCCAUCGACUGAUUACUGCGGGAUGUUCGAGCGACUGUCGGACACGCCGUCUAUGUACUCGUGUUCAAAAACCUGGCACAUGCGGCUAACGUUUGACAAGUUGCCUGGCGGCUGCAACCUGCACCGCUGCAAGCUAUGUGGGAAAAUAGUGACGCACAUCCGAAAUCACUAUCACGUACAUUUUCCGGGGCGAUUCGAGUGUCCCCUCUGCCGAGCCACGUACACCCGCAGUGACAAUCUCCGGACGCAUUGUAAAUUUAAGCAUCCGCGCUUCAACCCCGACACAAGAAAAUUCGAACCGCCAAAGUUUGAGCCACCUGCGAUAGCCAACGAUAGUUCGGCCGAUUGAUUUUGGCUUUACUAUUACUUUUACUAUAAGGCGAUGUGUGAAUCAUAGCUAAAAUAAUUCGUUAGCUAGUUUCCUAGUACCUUCAGUGGCCCGGUGGACUUUGCUGCUAAUGACUUUCUAAAAAUGCACAAAAAGAGUUUCCAUUACGGACCGUUUUCUUUAUCUGUACUAUGCUACUGAGAAAAAGGUAAUUGACCACUUUUUUUUAUAUAUUUUUUAUGGAAAGCAUAUUUUCAAACUCGGUAGAAGGUUUUGUCGACGCUAAAAUUAAUGGCGAUUGUUUUGCAGAAUAUUUUUUAUACUUGCAUGUGCAAUGUUGAAAAUGUAUUUGUUAAUGAAGAAUACACGAUUAAUUAUAAAUUUGAUAUGGAAACGUUGCUACUUGAAGUAACUAAAAAGGUCUCGUUCGCAUUUUGAUGUAAAAAAUACAGUAACGUACUGUUAUCGCGGACGUUUAAAAUAUUACAUUAUUUACAUUGACAGUUUAUUAUUUAUUUGAAAUGUUUAUUUUUUUAUAAAUGUUGGAGGUUAAACGCUACCUGCAGUUAUUGUGUUUUCAGAAAAUUCAAUCUGGAAACGGCUGUUUAACGUGAAAGAUUUAACCUCGCUUAACCUUAAAAGUUGGACGAAAGCGUAAAGUCAGCACUGGCAACAAUUAAUUAAGGAAGAUUACGGAAUUAUAAAUAUUCCGUUACAUCUUUAGCGCUUUUAGAAUUAUUGAAAUGGGAUAAAAAUAUUAGUUUCUUAAAAAUAUAUAUUUUUUUUUUCGUGAGAGAAUUAGUUAAUUUUAAUUAGUAUUUUUUUUUUCUUAAAUUAAUUUGAAAUUUGAUUUUGCACUAAGCCAAAAACCACUAAAUGUCUGUUGGCAAACUGAUGGGGGGGUAGCCUAACUUUAGCGGUUUUGUACAGAUUUUUUUAAUCCAAUGAUUCCGCGUCCUCAAUUAGAGGAAACGAUUUGUUUGCAAGACAUACUCAUAAAAAUGCACCUAAAAAACAGUUAAAAUCAUAUUCAUUGAAAAUUUUGGUAACUAUAGAAACAUAAUUGGCAUAUUUUGUGGAUCUGAUAAUAUUUUAGGCCAACCAAGAGAAAACAAUAAAAACUGUAAAAAAUUACAUUUUUUUUUUAUAAUAUCCCGAAAAAUUAUGGAAUCAUCUUACUUUCAAUAGGACUUUUGUAGAGAAUAUAAAACGGUUUUUUCUGCGACCCGAUCGGUUUAUUUUUUACAGAGAAAAUCCGCUGUACAAAAAAGACCCUAAUUUGUUUAUAAUGCAAUUGUGCAAAAAC